CGCUCGCAGUUCUUGCAGUCUCCGCGAUGACAUUGUCCGCACACUCCGUCCAGCAGCCACACACGCAGCCUGUAAUGGAGCUUGAACAACGUCGACUCUUCCAGUCUGACAGUCACCGCUUAUUACAAACCUGCAAGAACUCUGCUCAAGCUCGAAGGCUCCAGGGGCACAACGCUGCUCGAUGUGCCGCCACUCUCGAGAGUAUGCAAACCCAUCGCCGACUCGGUGGUGGAGGAGGUGUCCAGCUCGACACUCCAGCCCCGACGACUGAGCACCAAUCGAGUUUGCUGAUCAACAAUGUCACUGACGUGAAUGCGAUCGAUUUGUUCGGGAGCGACGUCAAGUGCGUUCUUGAACCCGAGGUGACCGAGGGUCCCUACUACGUCAGCGGGGAGUUUAUCCGCCAAGAUGUGACUGAAGGUCAACAAGGAAUUACUCUCUACGCAGAGCUACAGUUCGUGGAUGUGAACACAUGCGAGCCGGUGGACGAUCUCUACGUGGACUUCUGGCACUGCAACGCCACCGGCGUGUAUUCUGGAGUGGUGGCCAACGGCAAUGGGCACAUAUCCGACACUUCCAAUAUCAAUAACACGGCGUUCCGAGGCCUCGCGUCCACGGAUGAAGACGGUAUCGUAUCGUUCACCUCUGUGUUCCCAGGCCACUACACAGGACGCGCCACUCACAUCCACAUCUUGGGAUCAUACAACGGCACCGUGCUCAAAAACAACACGUACUCGGGUGGAGUAGGUGCUCACGUGGGCCAGCUCUUCUUCGACCAGGAUCUCAUUUCGAAGGUGGAAGCAACGGGCGUGUACGCUACCAACACGCAGGAGCUCACGCUCAAUGCCAAUGACAAUAUCUACAGCGAGUCGUCGACUACGGGGUUUGACCCCAUCAUGGAGUACACGCUGCUUGGUGACUCAGUGCAGGACGGCAUCUUCGCAUGGAUCUCGGUGGGCGUCGACAUGACAACCGCCAAGAGCGUGAAUGCAGCGUCGACUAUCACUGCCAAUGGAGGUGUCGCUAACGCGAACACCAUGGGGCCACCGGGUAGAAUGGGCAGUGGAUCGUGGGGCCCUCCUCCCGACUCGGACAUCACGCAGUCGUAA